AUGCCAAAGAUGUUUCAACUAGUUUUCGGUCUCUUUAUGGCAGCAUCUACAAUUGCUUGUCCAGAACAUGGCGCUGGCUGGGAAGCGAGUGCUCUUGGUCGACGAGCAACUGCUGAAAAGGAUUGGACAUACGAUGCCUCCCACAAAUGGGGUGAUACCAACCCAAAUUACACACUUUGUAAAACCGGGACUAUGCAAGCUCCAAUCAGCUUGAGAAUGAUAGAUGGAUUUGCCGAAACUCACACUCCAACCUUCAACUACACCACUCAACUGUCAGGGAACCUGUUCAACUGGAAUUACGGUGCGGCAUUUGAUAGAGUUUCCAACGACACGAUAUCAUCCUCCAACUCUUUCACGUUCGAUGAUGAAACCGUCUACCUGAAAGGUUGGCACAUCCAUGCUCCAGCUGAUCAUUCCGUCGACGGCAUCAAAUCCCGCGCAGAACUGCAUCUCGUUCACGCCGACGCAACUGGGACAGAACGUGCAGUCCUAGCCAUACGUAUGGAUCCUGGCACCUCCGACUCCCCCUUCGUAGCUCAGUUCGUGUCCGCCAUCAACGAUACUUCUCCUGAUGUGACGAAAGUCCCGAACUUCGAUUCCACGAAUAGAGUGCCUGUUCAAACUAUGGAUGUCAGUCUUGCGUUGAAAGAAGUCGGUAAUUUCAAGAACUAUUGGACUUAUAACGGUGGUUUGACUUCGCCCCCUUGUAGAGAGGGGAUUCGAUUUUUCGUUGCGGGUAAAGUCAUGAUGGUGGGUAUGAAACAGAUGCAGGAGAUUUUACAGAUCAGUGCCUUCUCCACAAGAGCUGAGCAGAUGAUAUGGAUGCACGAGGUCAACGUCUAG